AUGCAGUGCCGCACGGACCCUGUUGGCACUGCCUGUCUCAAACAGGCGGCCAUCGCUGACCACAAGGUGGUGGCCUACGUGCUCAGCGUCGUCCUUUACGGGGACAACGAGGCCGAGCAGUACAUCAGGAAGGUAGAGGGCGAGGGCGUCGCCCACGGGUGCAAGCCGGAGGCCAGCAGGACCAACCGAGAGUGCGUGAGGUGCCGUGAGCAAGCUGUCGACGUGGUCUGGGAGGUGUUAUGGAGGGUGGACGGAAUGAUGGACCCGGUGCCUGUGCCGUCACCGGAGGUAGGUUGCAAGGGCAGCGGCUGCGGCGUGGCGGAAGGAUGGACCAGCCGCUAUGCUGUCUUUUGUAGCAACGGCUACAGGAUUUGGCACGAGUACUCCCGGUUCUUCUCGCGAGUCUCAUCAUUCCUGAACUAA